AUGUCUCUCCUGUCUCCUGAGAACAGCCACUUCCUCCUGCCUCUGAAAUCACCUCUCAACAUACUUCUUCCAUGUGAAGGAAGCUCCUUAUAUUCUGUGACCUCGGAUGAUGAGCUCCUAAAGCUAUUUGCUGCUGAAGCCCUCAUGACUAGCAGGAUGUUUGUCAUUAAGAGAAUCAGGUCAGAAACUGAAGCUACAAAUGACUGGGAGAAAAAGCAUUCUUUGAAUAAGUGCAAGCCGACAUCGUUGCUUAAUUGUGGGUUUUGUUUUUCUUUUGCAGAGAAUGUGGCAGGUCACUACAUUUCCCCCUUUCAUGAUAUUCCUCUGAAGGUGGAUAUUAAAGAGGAAAAUGGCAUUCCCACGAAGAAAGCACGGAAUGAUGAAUAUGAGAAUUUGUUUAAUAUGGUCGUGGAAGUGCCUCGGUGGACAAAUGCUAAAAUGGAGAUUGCCACCAAGGAACCAUUGAAUCCCAUUAAACAAGACGCGAAGCAUGGCAAGCUGCGCUUUGUGGCAAACAUCUUCCCUCACAAGGGUUAUAUAUGGAACUAUGGGGCCCUCCCUCAGACUUGGGAAGAUCCCAAUCAGAAAGAUAAGAACACAGACUGCUGUGGAGAUAAUGACCCUAUUGAUGUUUGUGAAAUAGGCUCCAAGGUUCUUUCUCGAGGAGAAGUGGUUCAGGUGAAGAUCCUUGGGAUAUUGGCUCUUAUUGAUGAGGGAGAAACAGAUUGGAAAUUAAUUGCUAUCAAUGUAAAUGAUCCUGAAGCUGAAAAGUUUCAUGAUAUUGAUGAUGUAGAGAAGUUCAAACCAGGUUAUUUAGAAGCUACUCUGAAUUGGCUCAGAUUUUAUAAAGUACCAGAAGGAAAAGCAGAAAACAAGUUUGCUUUUAAUGGAGAAUUCAAAAACAAGGCUUUUGCUCUUGAAGUUAUUAAAUCUGCUCAUGAAUGUUGGAAAGCGUUACUUAUGAAGAAGUGCGAUGGAGGAGGUAUAAAAUGGUAA